UACUGAACAACACAAGCCGUAAACUGAAAUAAAACGUCGUGGAGACACGACGGUUAUAUCGAUGAAUGUUUGAUGGCGGACAGCUAACCCCAACAAAGAUCAACUCUCUGAGUAUUAGAGUCUCUAUUUACCAGCUUUUUGGUCAGAUUACAUUUUUAUUUCCGUAACUUGGUCAGAGAAUCCGUGUUGCCAUGGAAACUGACGACCAGGCUAAGAACCGGUUCCAGUCCGAACUGGAGUUCGUCCAGUGUCUGGCCAACCCGAACUACCUGAACUUUCUGGCCCAGAGAGGGUUCCUGAGAGACCGACCCUUCAUCAACUACCUCAAGUAUCUCCUGUACUGGAAGGAACCCGAAUACGCCAAGUUCCUCAAGUACCCUCACUGCCUCCACAUGCUGGAGCUGUUGCAGUACGAACACUUCAGGAAGGAGCUGGUCAACGCUCAGUGCGCCAAAUUCAUCGAUGAGCAGCAGCUGCUGCACUGGCAGCAUUACUCCAGGAAACGCACGCGGCUGCAGCAGGCGCUGGCCGAGCAGCAGCAGGCACCGCAGCAGGCGCCGCAGCACGGCAACGCCUCCGCCAAAUGACGGACAUCGUUUGUGGACGGACGCUGACCGGGUCAGAACCAGAUCAGAACUGGCUGGAGACUUGAUUGGGACAGAGCUGCAGCAAGCUGAAUGUUUCCUGGCCUGCUGCAGCAGUUUGUGUUUACUUCCUGUUUGUGUGGCCUUUCUUCUUCUUUUCUAAUAAAAUGUUUGGGUUCGCUUUGUUUCCUGGAGAUGCUGCAGCGCUGGAAACACGGUCAGAACCAGGCUCAGCUCUGUCUGCUGAGAACAAAGAUUCAGUUUAAGUCUUUAUCAUCCCGAACAGAAAUAAAAUGUUUUCAUAACUCA